AUGGUACUUUGCAUCGUCGGCGUUCAGGCGGAACUGUUUCUUAACGCACCAGUCCUCUACUCCCAGGUUAUAUGUUACGUAGUGAAGAACUACUGUGAUCAGCUGACGAAGGAGUGUAAAUCAUUCAUGGAUACCAACUGUAACCAUGACCAGCUGACACAGGUUCUCUUUGCUUUCGCUCAAAGUGCCGCUGUUAAGUCUAAAAUAUACUUUCAGCUUUAUCUGGACUACUGCGCCUUUCAGAACUCGGUUAGAGCAUUCCUGAGCCAAGAAACAUUGAACUCGAUGGAGACCUUCAAACAACAGAUAAGUGUCGACAUCAACUUUACAUUGGUUCAGGACAAAAUAGAAAAAUUCGUUCAUGGUAUGCAGUUAUGUCUGUGCAGUUUGCAAGAAAAUCCGGUAGUUGCGGAUACUUGA